CCAUCUGACUUUUCUGGCUCAUCACAAAUGCUGUUCCUUUAAGAGAAAACACUUCUCUUCUGACAUGAUUCUCUUUUCUUUGAAAAUUGCUUCAUAUUUCCUCUUGCUGUUGCUUUUACUUUCCAGCUCAGCAAGAAAAAAAACACCUUUAUUAGUUUGGAACAAAAAGAUAAUUCUUUAAAAGCCUUAAGGAAAGGCUAUGAUCAAAUCCUGAGGCCAUUUUAUAGCCAAAAUUAGCUGUGUAAGGCGAUCGAUGGAAAGUUUAUAUUUCAAACACGUAACUUGACAAAACAACUGACUUGGCAAAGCUGACUAUAAGAUUUGAUGGGCUGGCACACCCUCAAGAUCAUACAACUUCCCCAAGGGAACAUGUGGAUUCAAAGUACAAUGAAGAAGAUGACUUUCUUAUUACGCCAUAUCUCCAGACCAAGCAGCUUGCUUCAUGUUUUAAUCAUUUUCUGUAUCACUUUGAAAAUUCAUCAGGCAAAAUCAGCCCAGUUUACAGCUGUUGGACCUGAUCAGCCAGUCACUGCCAUUGUAGGGCAGGAAAUUGUGUUACCUUGUCACCUGUCCCCUAAUAUGAACGCUCAGAACAUGGAAGUGAGAUGGUUCCGAUCCAUGUUUGAUAACUACGUGCACCUGUAUCGCAAUGGGAAAGAUCAAUAUACUAACCAGAUUCUAGAAUAUCAGAGAAGGACGGCUCUUCUGAAAGAUGACAUGGUAAAUGGAAAUGUUCCCUUGAGAAUCCUCAACAUCACACGCUCAGAUGAAGGGGAAUACCACUGUUUUAUUCGAGGUGAUACUUCUUAUGCAGAAACGAAAUUGGACCUGGAGGUAGCAGGUUUAGGUUCUGCUCCUCUUAUUUCUGUUGAAGAUUAUCAGGAUGGAGGGAUCAGAGUUGUUUGUCGAUCAGCUGGGUGGUACCCAGUGCCUGAAGUCCUGUGGAGACAUGCCAGCGGGCAACAGUUACCAUCACUUUCUGAAACAAAAUCCCAAAAGGGGGAUGGCCUGUUUGAAACAGAAAAUUCAAUCAUUAUAAAACAUCAUUCAAACCAGAACUUGUCUUGUUGCAUCAGGAACAACUUCAUCAAUCAAACGAAGGAAUCAGCAGUUUAUAUAUCAGAUCCCUUUUUCCCCAGGGUGAAUCCCUGGAUGGUGGUGUUAUGUGGAAGCCUUGUGGUUUUGUUUGGUUUCUUGGCCCUGGCAGUUUGUCUCUUCAGAACGAGAGGGAAACUUAAUGAAGAGAUUGGAACACAUCUCCAGAAAAUCUAUGAGCUUCAACGAGAAAUUGAAUGGAGAAAAAGUACAAUCCACCCAGAAAAUCUGACUGUGGAUCGUGACACUGCAAAUUCAUUUCUCAUCGUGUCUGAGGACAGGAAAAAUGUGAGACGGGCAGACACGCGGCAGAAUGUGCCUGACAAUCCUGAGAGAUUUGAUUCGUGGUCCUGUGCACUGGGCUGCGAGGUCUUCACCUCAGGAAGACACUACUGGGAGGUGGAGGUGGUUGAGGGACGAUUCUGGGCAGCGGGCAUUGCCAGGCAGUCUGUGAGGAGGAACACAUUGACCGGCCCUAACACUGAGGAGGGGAUCUGGGCUGUGGAGCAAUGUGGAGGUCGAUGCCAGGCUCUCACUGCCCCUCGUCCCACACCCCUGUCCCUGAACCAGGUUCCCAAGAGGAUGCGGGUGUUUUUAGACAUUGAGGGGGGGUGGGUGGCAUUUUUCGAUGCUGAUACUGAGGACCCAAUCUUCACCUUCCCACCAGUCUCAUUCACUGGGGAAGGAUUCCGCCCCUGGCUCUGGUUGGGGGUAGCUGGAUCCCAGCUCCAGCUGUGCCACUGAGACAAAUGGGGAAUGGACCAGAGAAGACCUCUAAAUCAGGCACUCUCAGUCAUGCUCAGCUCUCUCUUGAAGACUUUUAACCAUGUAGUCUCGGUGACCCUAGAAGAUCAGUUCUGGGUUUCUGCAGUGUCACACCAUACAGAACAGGAAGAGACGGAGAUGGAGAAGCCAACCCCGUAGCCCACCUGUUAUACCCUUCUUGGCUUCGGUGGACUCUGGCAGCCCGUAGGAUCAGACAGAAAUGAUGGGGAACCAGAGAGGAUGGGGUGAAUAACAGUGAAGUUGAAAGCCGAAGGCUGGGGGGCCAUGAAAUUUGUAAAUGCACUUGAAUCUGACAGUGACAUGUAUUGCAUAGUUCACCUAUUUAAACUCCUAGAACAAGACAUGUGAAACUAUACAUGUGAUUAUUUUUAAAUGUUGACCCUUUUUCUUGUUAUUAAACAAUCAAUCUUUUCAGAUGAUUGGAUUUCCUUGCA